UCCAAUACGCGCGCUCUCCUUUGAUAGGCCAUGGUGCUGAUCCAAUUAAAGGGCUUCAUCAGCAUGUGCGCCAAGUUGGCAGAAACUUUCAGGCAGUGGUGAAGGCCGAGGGUUUGCACAUAUUUGGAGCAAGACAGAACGGCAGUAUGGAAAAUAAUGAACCUCUGGGAAUGUCCUCCCUCUCUAAAGGGAUUGCCGAUAUCUUUGCUGAAGAAUCCGAAAACGACCAAACAUUUUAUGGCUUUUCAGACAGUGAAAUUUGUGAUGUCAAGGGCUCUGAUAGUGAUGAGCCAAACUCCGAGAGGUUCUCUCCCAAGAAACCCCCCGGUCAGCGUUUCACCCUGAGGGUGGCCUUGCGCCCACGAGGACCCCCUCCUCCCAAUCAUGAGGUGGAGGAGGAAGAGGAAGAGGAUAGGGAGGCAAUGAAAAGAGGAGGGCGUAGGAAGACUCCUUUGAAGUCUGUGAAGACUGAAAAAAGCGUCACAUUUGAGGUGAAGGAGGAGAAACCUGUUGUCCAGCAGCCAAAAACUCCCCAUUCAUCUGAAUCUGAAUCUGAGGCUUCCUCUUUCCUCGAGAAAAGAGCUAAGAACAUCAAAGCAAACAAAGCAAUGUUGGCCCAGCUGUUUGCAGAUUUACAAAAGAUGCCUGGAGAGCUUCUGAAAGCUAAACCGAGCCGCAAGAAGGAACCUCGUUCUCGGGCGCCUCGCUCCUCCACGGCCGGGUCCCCGGAGCGGCGGAACCCAGAGCGUGCCUCCCGCAGGCGGACCCGCUCUAUGGGUGGACCCACGGAUGUCAUGGUGUCUGAGGAACACCUGGAGCUGAGUCUGGAAGAGGAGCUAAUCAAGGUGCGGGGUGCCCCACGAGCUCGAGGUACCCCACGACCCAGCCAGGGCAAACCUCAUGUCAUUCGCAAAGUGGAGGAGAUCACUGAAGAUGAGCUGGAGCUUGUAGCAACCACCUUGACCGAGAAGAUCUACAACCGCGAGACGGGAAGCACGUGUCAUCAAUGCCGACAGAAAACUGUAGACACAAAGACGUGCUGUCGCAGCGAGGACUGCCGUGGAAUCCAGGGACAGUUCUGUGGCCCAUGUCUUCGUAAUCGCUAUGGAGAGGAUAUCCGCACCGCUCUGCUUGAUCCGGAAUGGACGUGUCCACCGUGUCGUGGUAUGUGUAACUGCAGCAUCUGUCGUAAUCGAGAUGGGCGCUGCCCCACUGGCAUUCUGUUUCCACUGGCUCAGUACCACGGCUUCUCCGAUGUGCACUCCUAUCUCACCAGCCUUCGUGACAAAAUUAAGGCUGGAGAAGACUCUGCUGAUGAGGUGUAGGGAGUGAUUCUGUCUUUGACCACCAGAGGACGCACUUAUUAAGUACACAUCAGAGCUCUGGUGCACAUUUUGCAGUAGGACACCUAACUAGCCUUAGACCAGUUUUCAAGUCACUUCAUGUUCAUGUUAGCAGGUUGUUCAAGCUUUUUUUGUUUUGUUUUUACCAGUAAUGAUAUUUUUUUGUCUGUGCUACUUUACAUAUGUUUUUUUUGUCUGUGUUACUUUACAUAUGUUUUAUGUGUGGUUUGAAAUAAAACUAUAUGAAUUCUUA